ACCGCGACGCCUGAUGCUUUGGUUGGUGACGGACGACGACGUCGGGUCCGAGGAGAGAUGUGUUCGCUAUGGUUUUUCAGCGCCGUAGGAGCGUAAUCUGGAAGCUGGUUCACCCAAAUUGCGUCGCAGCGGAGCACUUCACGGGCUUCGCAUGUGAAUGAAAUCGACCCGACGAGGCCGCAAGGCUUGACAACAACAUCAGCCGCCGUCGACUACCAACAGCCAAGGAGGUGCCAGGAUGAGUAGCAGCAGCACGGUGACGCCCCCUGGCGUCACGGGUGGGCUGAGCACGGCGGCCAGCGUGGCGAGCUCGUCGGUGCUCCCCGUGGUGCUGGCCACGGCCAACAUUACGGCCGAGAACGCCAGCCAGGUGUUGGAGGACCUGCCGCCCACCUUUCUGCAGACGACCGGAGCCCAGGCCCUGUCCGGGGCCUUCGUCUGGACCGCACUCAUCAUCACCUGCCACCAGAUCUACCAACACCUGCGGUUCUACACGUUGCCGACAGAGCAGCGCUGGAUUGUACGGAUACUGUUCAUAGUGCCCAUCUACGCGUUCGACUCGUGGCUUAGUCUGCUCUUCUUCCGCGAGAACUACUACAUCUACUUCAACAGCGUUCGCGACUGGUACGAAGCUUUUGUGAUCUACAACUUCCUGAGCCUCUGUUACGAGUACCUGGGAGGCGAAAGCAACAUCAUGUCCGAGAUCCGGGGGAAGCCAAUACAACAAAGCUUCUGGUAUGGCACAUGCUGCCUUUCAGGAAAAACGUAUACCAUUGGCUUUCUGCGAUUCUGCAAACAGGCGACCCUGCAAUUCUGUGCAGUAAAACCGCUCAUGUCUGUGAUCACGCUGAUUCUACAGCCCUUCGGGAAGUACUCCGAUGGAGACUGGAGGCCAGACAGUGGCUAUCUGUACAUCACGAUAAUCUACAACAUCAGCGUGUCACUGGCGCUGUACGGCAUGGUGCUGUUCUACUUUGCCACGAAGGACCUGCUGGCACCCUUUGACCCCGUGUGGAAGUUCUGCACCGUCAAGUCGGUCAUCUUCCUCUCUUUCUGGCAAGGGGUCUUGCUGGCAGUGCUGGAGAAAGCGGGGCUCAUCUCUGCCAUCAACGCCAGCGGCAUGGCCAACACGGCUGCGGCGAGCGCCGGCACCGUGUCGGCCGCCUACCAGAACUUCAUUUGCAUUGAGAUGUUCUUUGCCUCGCUGGCGCUCAAGUACGCCUUCCCUUAUCGUGUCUACGUGCAGGGAUGCCGCGCUGAUGCGCAGGGCCGGUCGGUCACCAUGCAGAGCAUCUCUUCUAGCCUCAAGGAAACGAUGAACCCGAAGGACAUAAUGAACGACGCCAUCCACAACUUCCACCCGCAGUACCAGCAGUACACGCAGUACGCGGCCCCGCCCAAUCGCCACCACCACCUCGCCCGCGGUGGCGGAGGGGGCGGCAACAACGACGACUCGCUCCACGGCGGAGGGGCGAGGGCCACGCACUCGACCAGCGCUGCUCCGUCGGCCAACGGAGGCCGGCCACCCACGCGGGGCCGUAACCCGGCCUACAACGAGAAGACCACCCUCCUUAGCUCCGACGACGAGUUCCAAAUGAUGCAGCGAGGCAACGACGCAUGCCGUUUUUAGCAAACAAGUGACCGGGACGGACUUCGCCGCUGCAGUGUGUCAACUUGACCGUGCGUGCCGCCUGCCUGCUUCAGUGCAUGCCUGCCUGCCGCCUCUCUUCCUCGGUCAGGAAGGGCGUUUGCUUGCUCACGAAGCCUCUCUAAAGCAGAAACAGUGUGGAAACUGCAGUGCAAAUUCUAAUACAACCAACGUGUGCGUGCAAAUGAAAUCGCUCCUGACACUGUCGUCGUCUCACCACCGACUGCCUGGGUCGUUAAGGGUUGCAUCGUCCACCGUCACCGAUGUCGGGUGUCAUUGUUUGCAUGCGCAUGUGAGUGCCCUUGGUGUCUGGUGCUGAGCUGUACUGGCCGGCAGUCACCUUCCCAUCCCGACAUGGUGCAGCAGAUGCAUGUUUUUUUUUUUUUUUUUGAAUAGCCAGUCAUUUUUUUUUCUUUCGGGUCUGUCACAAUAAACGUGGAGAGAUGCGGCAUAGAGCCGGUGCAAAAGAGAAGCCAUCCUUGGCUGGCUAGAACCACAUCUACUUCUUUUAUUCGUGAAACAUUCAUUCAUAAAAUGAGCAUGUUUUUUUGUUUUUUUUAGCGAAGUUUGUAAACUUCUUGUACGUGCCCGGUAAUGUGCAAUGAAGGUUUCAGUGUGAUAUUCAGGGUUGGUUCGACCAACUGGCUACAAAUUCUUUCAAAGUUUUGUUUGAUGUCUCGCUUCUGUUGUGUUAGAAGAGAGCCAAGACUGAGACAGUUAUUGCUCCUGUUCUAUGCUGCAUCUUAGCGGGUCUUCAGAAGAGCAUGUCUGUCAGCCCGACGGGAAAAAAAAUGAAAGGAAUCUGUUCCGAAAUGUGGCAUUACCGUUUAUUUGAUGCAGUUUCAUGGAACGAACCUUGCUAUGUCACUGUCGUAUUAGGCAAGAAACAACGUCCACCCGUGCGUUUUUUACACUCCUUCAUCCAUUUUGCAUCACCCAAGUUUAUCAUUCACAACUGCCAGUGGUAGAUCAUUUGUUGUACAAUGGGAGCUUGUGACUGAGAAAAAUGUAGCCCAUUUACUUGCUGCAAAUGUUCACAAAAAAAGAUUGCAGUUUUAAGUCGUCCGGUGUGAGAACAGGAAGUAAUUUGAAGGAAACUGUUUUGAACCAGCACUCCGAGGAAAUUCUGACGUUACUGGCAGCUGUUGAACAAAAGAAGGUUGUAGUCGAGCAUAGUCCCAGUCGCUUGGCCAUUUCCUGAAAUCAAAACUACACUUAACUUGCGUUUAGUUAUAGGCAGUUUUCUUACUUAAGAUUUGUAUCCAUCUGAUAUGUUAUCUACCAUGUUGGUGCGAAUGAAAAAUGGCUCUGUUCACCCCUUUUUCCUUUUAAAACAUUUUUGUGUGCCCUCGCUUUUGUAAUUGUCUGUGUGGUGGCGUCAAAUGGCAGCUUAGAAGGCGAACGCAAUCGGCUCGUCCACGGUUGGAAGACAGUGAGUGGAUGUUGUUGUUAAAUGUUUUACGGUGAGAUAUAGUUGAGCAAGAGAGACCAGUGUUUGCUGAAAGGUCGCGACUCAAAGGAAAACUCCCGGGUCGCAGUGGGUGUUUCAAGAAAUGAGGGGCGCACAGAGGGACCCUUUAAUGAUGCUUUGUAAAUAGUAAAAGAUGCUUAAAAAAAUGUGGUGAUCUGUCUUGUGGAGAGAGCCAUUUUAUGUGCUUGUGUUUGUAUAACAUGCUCGUGUAAAUGGAAUUCGAUACGUCCACCGCCUCCGUGUGUGACGCUGGCUUCUUGAAAACACAUUUAUAGUAUGCCACUCCCCCCCCCCCUCUUUUUUUUGCACGAAUGCUAUUUAAUGUUUCCAGCGUGUAUGACAGCUACUUAAAUUUUGAGAACAAAUGCUUAAAGUGACAAAAUUUUUUUUUGCCCCCCCCCCCCUCCCCCCACGUUUUAUUUAGUGCAGCUUGUGAUGCGCUUUUUACGAGUUCAGUGCAAAAAGAUGUUUGCUGGGCCUUGUUUGUUGAAACCGCAGCUCACGCAAAGUCUCUUCACCGACGUGAUGCAGCUUUAUUUUGAGGGGAUGUUGUUUUUGCUGGCUGUUAGACUGCUGCUAGAACAAAAGCUGUGUAUAGAUAUAAUCCAAGAGAGAUGUUAUAAGGCCUGCUUCGGUUCACCUGUGAAGGAAUCUGGGGCCAUGGGAAAGGGGAAACUUUAUCUGUGCUCUUCCUUUUUUUGUGCUAAGGGCUGUGUAUAUAGUGUAUGUACACGGAGGUAGGAAACCGUGUCGCACAUGUCUGCAAUUUUUUUUUUUUCCCUCCCCGCCUUUGCACUUGCGUACAUGGAAAUGCUUCAAGUGUAUAUCUGAACAAAGUGUGUUCUGUAUAGAGAGAUGUUAUGCUGGUUAUGCUUGUAUAAAGUAUAUAACCCAAAUAAACACUACGUACUGA